GCGCGCGCGGGAGCGGCGGCCAUGACGGGCUGUGGCGAGGGCGGCAGCGGUUCCGCGGCGCCCCGCGCCUGCCGGGGGCUCGGAGCUUCGGCGUGAGGGCGUCUGCGCGCCCUCCCCUCCUCCAGCGCCUCGCCUCCGGGCCGGCCGGGGCAAGGAGGAGGGGCCGGGCGGACAUGGCCAGCCCCGACAAGUGGGAGCGCCUGCGACCGCUGCAGCCGGACACGCUGCCUGUGAGUGAGGCACCAGUGAUCAAYGUGAACACGCACAAUGAUGCACGGCUUGUGAAAAAAACUGCGGCAGUCAGGAAGCCUCGAUUUGAUGCAUCUUUGGUGCUUUUGACACGAAGAUUUAUGGCUCUUCUCAAAAAAGCUCCAGACGGUGUCCUUGAUUUAAAUGAAGUAGCAACAACACUUGGAGUGCGAAAACGAAGGGUAUAUGACAUCACCAAUGUGUUGGAUGGAAUCCAUUUGAUUCAGAAAAGAUCUAAGAAUCUUAUCCAGUGGAUAGGUAAUAAUCUUGACCAAGUUGUUGGAAAAGCAUCAGAGCAGCAAAACCUUAAAGAUGAACUUUCUGACUUAGCAGCCAUGGAAGAAGCUCUGGAUGAAUUAAUCAAGGACUGUGCUCAUCAGAUAUUUGAACUAACAGAUGACAAAGAAAAUGCAAAACUAGCUUAUGUGACUUACCAAGAUAUCCGAAGCAUUGAGGCAUUUCAGGAACAGAUUGUGAUUGCAAUCAGAGCUCCAGAGGAAACCAAAUUGGAAAUACCAGUUCCUAAAGACGAUCGCAUACAAGUACAUGUGAAGAGCACAAAAGGACCCAUUGAUGUCUAUCUAUGUGAGGUGGAAAAAGAGACACCAGGUGCCAAAACUUGUGAAGAUAUGGAURCUGUGACUUAUGAAACUGAGCCAUCAAUUUGUCUUGAUGAAGUGAGAUCUCCGAUGGAAGAAAAAAACCUAUUUGAGAUGCCAGAUUAAUUACAACACAGAAAUCUAAUACAGAAUGUAAAUGUCUGUGUUAUAGGGUUUUUUCAAAGCUGCUUGGAUCUGCAGACUUYGUGACCCGAAAUGUUCCAAAGUGUUUUAGAAAAAUUGGUUGAGUGCUUUCACAGGAUUGCUUAUGUUCCCAAUUCAGAAGACAACAGUUUAUGGAGUUGCUUUUAGGAGCUUUGUUUUCUUAAUUGCAUGUUAACUUUGGGGAAAUGGUAUUUUUACCUUAAGUUUUAAUUGACAGAAAACAAAGAUAAUUAAUUACUUCCAAAAAGGAAGGUUGGAAGACUGUUUCUGGGAUGGUCCACAAUACGUGUGAGAAUGUAUAAAAUGAAGAAAUGCACUUUUCAGUUCUGAGGUUGCACUACUAAGCAGGAUUGCCCAAUGCGAGUGUAACRAAGAACUGGUGUAUCGGAAGCCUUUGCCAUAAAGAACAAGAUGUAAAUAUCCUGAGAGUUAUGCCUUACUCUGUGUAGUGCUGUUUGCAUCCAGCUCUACAUGAACUAUGGUGUCAACACUGAAGUGAAAUAGUUGGGCUUUGUGUACAUAGUUGUAUYAUUUCUAAGUAGUUACUGAUGUAGAUUUAUUGAAAUUGUUUGCAUUUCUGCGUUUGUACAGCAAAGAAAUAAAAUAAGCUUACAAAAAUAUGAAAUAGUCUAAUGAAACAUGUUGGGUUGCCUUUGCUGGAAUUCACUGGGUAAUUACAAACAUUUUUUACAUGGUGCUGUCAGAUAACAGAUCUGGAUCUUCUGAYGCCACAGCAUUGUAGCAGUUAUCAGAAGAAAUGUUAUGAUCAAUAACUUAAAUUGGUCCCUUCCAGUCUCUAGAGUUUACAUACCAUAGAGCUUUAAAGGAGUAUUGUGRCAUCUUUGUGGCUCAGCUUUUAAAAAUGCAUAAAAUACUUUAGGACUGUGUCUGUGUUCAUCCAUCUUUCGUAUCCAUAAAACAAAGCUGUGGAAUUUGGACACUGGAUUUUCUAAGGGAGGGAACUGUCACUGUACAAAUGCCAUGCUUGGGCUCACUUCAUCCCAGUAUCAAAACAUGUGCACCAGAGGUUUCUGUAGGGGUGGGAUGGGUGGGGGAGGUGGGUUGGCUGGUUUAGUUUUAAAUUGAAUAUCAAGGCCUUGUUUUCCUGAUCACAGUAUUGACCAGCUGUACAUCUACUCACAAGUGAGAACAACAAAGCUACUUAACCCCUAAAUGUUCUGGCAACUCUACAGCUAUUUUAGAAAGAUGUAGUGAAAUUAAAUGUCCUAUGUUCUACAAUAAAGAUCAGGUGGGGCAGGUAAAAAUUGGGGGAAAACACCAAGUGCAAGCUUGUGUCAGAAAGUAAUCUUGACUUUUUAUGUAUGUCCUACCACCUUCCAGUUCCAGAAUACAGGACUUCAGUAUUAGAUACUAUUCUUCUGUCUCUAUGAAACUUAAACUAUAGGCUGAGCUGUUAGAAUAAUAAAUCAAACCCAAAUGACAGCACAGUUAAUACACAGAACACAGUAAAAAUGAGGAAGGUGCUCCUCCAGUAAAGCUGGGAGUGAGGGUUAAAACUAAGAGGUUUUUUGCUCAGGAGGAUUGUCCUUUUCCUUCAGUGACUGGUUUCUCUUCAGAUGGCAAACUUUGAUUUUUUACAUCACUGUUCUGUUUUGGUGGGUGGGGAGGUCUCUGCUGAAGAGAAGCAUUGAUUCCCCUUGCACCAGUUCAACAACUCGGGACGAUGUUUGCCAUGAAAUGUGUAAAACUUUCCAACACUAACAACUAACUAAUCCUGGAUGCUGUAUUUGGGGUGGCUUUUUGUUGCAUGAUCAUAAAAUCUUUCAAUGGUUUGGGCUGGAAGGGACCUUAAAGAUCCCAUAAUCCCAAUGCCUCUGCUUUGGGCAUGGACAUCUUUCUCUAGAUCACAGAAUUAUUUAAGUUGGAAAGAUCUCCAAGACGAUCGACCCCAGCCUUUGACCAAACACCACAAUGGCAACUUGACCAUAGCACUGAGCAUCAGAUUCAGUCAUUCCUUGAAUUCCUCCAGGCAUGGGGACUCCAUCACCUCUCUGUGCAGYCUGUUCCAAUGCCUGACAAUUAUUUCAGUGAAGAAAUUCUUCCCGAUGUCCAACCUGAACCUUCCCUGGUGCAGCUUGAGGCUGUUUCCUCUCAUCCUGGUUACUCAAAGCCCCAUCCAACCUCGAACAGUUCCAGAUUUAGUAAGGCAUCCACAGCUUCUCUUGGCAACCUGUUCCAGUGCCUCUCYACUGUCAUAGUAAAGAAUAUUUUUCUAGUACUUACUCUAAAACUGCCCUCUUAACCAUUACUUACCUUAUCUGUAGAGUAAGGAAGUAUAUUUUUACAAAAUAACUAUCUUACAAAUAUAAGGAGGUCUGUCUUCAACAGCAGAACAGUUCAUUUAAAUGAAACAUCAGGAUUUUUCAUUUUGAACAAAUCUAGUGAUUGUUU